AUGGAGGCUUCGGAGCCACAGCGCCGAGGCUGGCUCUCGUGGUUCCGCCAGUCGGUGUGGGCUCCGUCUCAGCCCGAGCCGGCAAGCGCUACUAGAGAAGAAGAAUCAGCAGGCACUUUUUUCCCGUUUUUGAUGUCCAGCAAAUUGCCACAAGAAGCCCGCCAACAACCACAGCCGCACCCUACCAACGACAGCAGCAGUGCGCCUGCUGCCGCAGAAAAACUACCCAAUAGUGACGGCGACAGAAAUGGAGCCGUUGCAGAGGUAGUGUCUGCGCGGGGGGUAGCUGCUGACGAAGAGGAAAGGCGGCUAGAGAGGGAUUUGCCUCUGGUCUGGACGUUCCUGCGAGAGGAGGAGGGCUGGAGCUUCGUCGACAAGCAGAGCGGCAGCACCGAUGUCCGGGGGCCUACGGCAACGGCGGCUGGCGUGGGUGGUGGGGACGGUGGUGGUGCUCAGCAAGAAGAAGCCGGGCCGAUGAGCCAGGGACAGGCAUCGAGGAGUCGCCGAUGA